AUGGUGGGGCUACUCGAUGAGAAGCGGCAAUAUGGUAUGUGGGGUGUGGAAGCUGAACAUGGAGACGUUGUCAUUCCCAGUAUGUUUGAAGAGAAAGGGCCAACAGGCUCUAGAAGUUGGUUCAUGCUGGUUGUGAUCUCUCCUAUGAGUUUUGACCCUGAGAUAAAGAGGACUUUAGAAACAAAUGUCAGCUUUCUGGCUGGUGUGUCUGACGAUCUUCCAUGCUCUGUGACCGGGCUUAUUAGCCUUUCUGUUUGCAUUUCUGCACUGAAGCAGCCAGCUUGGAGGGAAUCUUCAGUGUUCUUAGACCUGCCAAUGGCCAGACCUGAACCCCUGAGGAUGCAGAGGGUGUUCUUUGAAUUCACAGAUAACCCCACUGAUUGUGUUCAACACAAGCAGAGAGCACCACUCACGGGUCUGGCUGCCGUGCUGUCUCACGAACUCAGGGUGUUUCUUCUGCCCCGAAGAAGCCCGGGCCUUGAGAAAGACACUGAAGUGAGACGUAGUGUGUCUUCCUCUUAUCUUCUCAGUGUUGGGAAGAUGCAAGACUCUGGAUCCAUUAAAAUUUUUCCUGAAUUACAGGUAUCUAAGGGCCUGUCUGGAGUGUUUUCUGAAAGCAGAUUCCCCAGCCUUGUCUUUAGUUUGAAUUCCUCUCAUGGUGUGGACAAGACAAUCUUUCUGCAUAAUCCAGGGGCUAGGGGUGUCAGUUACAACACUGUGAUUGUUACAAAUUCAGUCCAGGAUAAACUGGACCUGAGAGUCAAGGGCUGGCAUGGGGAAAAACUGCAAGGCAGACACAAUCUUCUUUCAGGACCCUUGCAUUGCUUUGCUAAGCUCUUUGAGUACCAGCCUUUGCCCUGUGGCUAUUUUACGUCAUUCCCCCCGCCCCCUCCGGUUCCCAGUUUUCCUCAACAUGAAACUUUCCCCCAUGUUCCAGGCUCCAUCAAACUACACCUCUACCACGAAACCAUCUCAGCAUAUCCCAUUCCCGAUAUCCUGACACGCCUCAGCGCCAGCAGCGAGUCGGAACUCUAUGGAGGUGGCGGCGAGUAUCGGGUGGUGGCUGCAGCAGCGACUCUUCCGAGCUGUUUCAAGCCGGUUCUCGGUGAAGGUUUUUCAUUUCUCCCAUCCUCUUCCCUCCCCACCCCAUCCAUUAAUAUUAUUCUUUUGAAGAUUCUUCGUUGUCAAGCCGCCAAAGUGGAGAGUGCAAUCGCAGAAGGGGGUGCUUCUCGUUUCAGUGCUUCUUCGGGCGGAGGAGGAAGAAGGGGUGCACCUCAGCACUAUCCCAAGACUGCUGGCAACAGCGAGUUCCUGGGGAAAACCGCAGGGCAAAAGGCUCAGAAAUGGAUUCCUCCACGAAGCACUAGACGAGAUGACAACUCCGCAGCAAACAACUCCGCAAAUGAAAAAGAACAACAUGAUGCAAUCUUCAGGAAAGUAAGAGGCAUAUUAAAUAAGCUUACUCCUGAGAAGUUUGACAAGCUAUGCCUUGAGCUCCUCAAUGUGGGUGUAGAGUCUAAACUCAUCCUUAAAGGGGUCAUACUGCUGAUUGUGGACAAAGCCCUAGAAGAGCCAAAGUAUAGCUCACUGUAUGCUCAGCUAUGUCUGCGAUUGGCAGAAGAUGCACCAAACUUUGAUGGCCCAGCAGCAGAGGGUCAACCAGGACAGAAGCAAAGCACAACAUUCAGACGCCUCCUAAUUUCCAAAUUACAAGAUGAAUUUGAAAACCGAACCAGAAAUGUUGAUGUCUAUGAUAAGCGUGAAAAUCCCCUCCUCCCUGAGGAGGAGGAACAGAGAGCUAUUGCCAAGAUCAAGAUGUUGGGGAACAUCAAAUUCAUUGGAGAACUUGGAAAGCUUGAUCUUAUUCAUGAAUCUAUCCUUCAUAAGUGCAUCAAAACACUUUUGGAAAAAAAGAAGAGAGUCCAACUCAAAGAUAUGGGAGAGGAUUUGGAGUGCCUCUGUCAGAUAAUGAGGACAGUGGGACCUAGGUUAGACCAUGAACGAGCCAAGUCCUUAAUGGAUCAGUACUUUGCCCGAAUGUGCUCCUUGAUGUUAAGUAAGGAAUUGCCGGCGAGGAUUCGUUUCCUGCUGCAGGAUACCUUAGAGUUGCGAGAACACCAUUGGGUUCCUCGCAAAGCUUUUCUUGACAAUGGACCAAAGACGAUCAAUCAAAUCCGUCAAGAUGCAGUAAAAGAUCUAGGAGUGUUUAUUCCUGCUCCUAUGGCUCAAGGGAUGAGAAGUGACUUCUUUCUGGAGGGACCGUUUAUGCCACCCAGGAUGAAAAUGGAUAGGGACCCACUUGGAGGACUUGCUGAUAUGUUUGGACAAAUGCCAGGAAGCGGAAUUGGUACUGGUCCAGGAGUUAUCCAGGAUAGAUUUUCACCCACCAUGGGGCGCCAUCGUUCAAAUCAGCUCUUCAAUGGCCAUGGGGGACACAUCAUGCCUCCCACACAGUCGCAGUUUGGGGAGAUGGGAGGCAAGUUUAUGAAAAGCCAGAUUAGCUUGAGGCCUGCUCAGUCUUUCCUAAUGAAUAAAAAUCAAGUGCCAAAGCUUCAGCCCCAGAUAACUAUGAUUCCUCCUAGUGCACAACCACCACGCACUCAAACGCCACCUCUGGGACAGACACCUCAGCUUGGUCUCAAAACUAAUCCACCACUUAUCCAGGAAAAGCCUGCCAAGACCAGUAAAAAGCCACCACCAUCAAAGGAAGAACUGCUUAAACUAACCGAAACUGUUGUAACUGAAUACCUGAAUAGUGGAAAUGCAAAUGAAGCUGUCAAUGGUGUAAGAGAGAUGAGAGCUCCUAAACACUUCCUUCCUGAGAUGUUAAGCAAAGUAAUCAUCCUGUCACUGGACAGAAGUGAUGAAGAUAAAGAAAAAGCAAGUUCUUUGAUCAGUUUACUCAAACAGGAAGGGAUUGCCACAAGUGACAACUUCACGCAGGCUUUCCUGAAUGUAUUGGACCAGUGCCCCAAACUGGAGGUUGAUAUCCCCUUAGUGAAAUCAUAUUUAGCACAGUUUGCAGUUCGUGCUAUCAUUUCGGAGCUGGUGAGCAUUUCAGAACUAGCUCAACCACUGGAAAGUGGCACCCAUUUUCCUCUCUUCUUACUUUGUCUUCAGCAAUUAGCUAAAUUACAAGAUCGAGAAUGGUUAACAGAGCUUUUCCAACAAAGCAAGGUCAAUAUGCAGAAAAUGCUCCCAGAAAUUGAUCAAAAUAAGGACCGCAUGUUGGAGAUCUUGGAAGGAAAGGGACUGAGUUUCUUAUUCCCACUUCUCAAAUGGGAGAAGGAACUGUUAAAGCAAAUAAAGUUGGAUCCAUCCCCUCAAACCAUAUAUAAAUGGAUUAAAGAUAACAUCUCUCCCAAACUUCAUGUAGAUAAAGGAUUUGUGAACAUCUUAAUGACUAGCUUCUUACAGUACAUUUCUAGUGAAGUAAACCCACCCAGUGAUGAAACAGAUUCUUCCUCUGCUCCUUCCAAAGAACAGUUAGAGCAGGAAAAACAACUGCUUCUUUCCUUCAAGCCAGUAAUGCAGAAAUUCCUUCAUGAUCAUGUUGAUCUACAAGUUAGUGCCCUCUAUGCUCUUCAGGUGCACUGCUACAACAGCAACUUUCCAAAAGGCAUGUUACUCCGCUUUUUUGUUCACUUCUAUGACAUGGAAAUUAUUGAAGAAGAAGCUUUCUUGGCUUGGAAAGAAGAUAUAACCCAAGAGUUUCCAGGGAAAGGCAAGGCUUUGUUCCAGGUGAAUCAGUGGCUAACCUGGCUAGAAACUGCUGAAGAAGAAGAAUCAGAGGAAGAAGCUGACUAAAAGAACCAGCCAAAGCCUUAAAUUGUGCAAAACAUACUGUUGCUAUGAUGUAACUGCAUUUGACCUAACCACUGCGAAAAUUCAUUCCGCUGUAAUGUUUUCACAAUAUUUAAAAGCAGAAGCACGUCAGUUAGGAUUUCCUUCUGCAUAAGGUUUUUUUGUAGUGUAAUGUCUUAAUCAUAGUCUACCAUCAAAUAUUUUAGGAGUAUCUUUAAUGUUUAGAUAGUAUAUUAGCAGCAUGCAAUAAUUACAUCAUAAGUUCUCAAGCAGAGGCAGUCUAUUGCAAGGACUUUCUUUGCUGCCAGUUAUCAUAGGCUGUUUUAAGUUAGAAAACUGAAUAGCAACACUGAAUACUGUAGAAAUGCACUUUGCUCAGUAAUACUUGAGUUGGUUGUUACAGAAAAAUUCUUAACUGUAAUUGAUGGUUGUUGCCGUAAUAGUAUAUUGCCUGUAUUUCUACCUCUAGUAAUGGGCUUUAUGUGCUAGAUUUUAAUAUCCUUGAGCCUGGGCAAGUGCACAAGUCUUUUUAAAAGAAACAUGGUUUACUUGCACAAAACUGAUCAGUUUUGAGAGAUCGUAAAUGCCCUUGAAGUGGUCUUUGUGGGUGUGAAACAAAUGGUGAGAAUUUGAAUUGGUCCCUCUUAUUAUAGUAUUGAAAUUAAGUCUACUUAAUUUAUCAAGUCAUGUUCAUGCCCUGAUUUUAUAUACUUGUAUCUAUCAAUAAACAUUGUGAUACUUGAAAAAAAAAAA